UGACCUCCUAAUAUAUAUUUUUUGUAUGAAAUUGUUAGCAAGAUGAGAUAUAAUUAAUAAAAUAUUAAGACCACUGGGGAGCUUCAUUCGUUACGUUGAAUUCGGCCGAGUCCACAAACCAUUAAAAAACCUCGUUUUCUCUCUAUUGGAAGUCGAGAAAAAAAAAAUGAAGUUUAGGGUUUUCGUUAUUCUCGCUCUUCUCAUUUUCUCUUCGUUGUUUCUACAAGUUGCAAGAAGCAAAUCAGAACCAGAUCCGGAUGUAGUUGAAAAUGAUGAAGGAGGAGAUCUUGGGAUUGUUGGGGAGGAUGUUCAAGAUUUUGGUGGUGGAAGUUUCAGUCCAGCUCUAGGAGUAGAAACAAUAUGUGUUUUCCCCAAAAACCCCUCUAAAUUGGUUGUGGCUGGGGAAGAAGGUGAACUUCUGGUUGGAAUUAAGAAUGAAGGGGAGUCAAGUAUUAAUGUUAUUGCAAUCCAGGCCACUGUCCAUCUUCCCUUUGAUCACCAGUAUUUAGUUCAAAAUCUUUCAGCUCAGGCUUUUAACAAUGCUUCAGUCCCUCCUGCUGCCCAAGCAACUUUUCCCUACAUAUUUGCUGUGAGCAAAUUUUUACAGAGUGGUGCAUUUGAUCUGGUUGGCACAAUUGUGUACGAGAUUGAUCAGAAUCCAUACCAGAGCACGUUCUACAAUGGAACAAUUGAAGUUACUGAGGCAGGUGGCCUACUCAGUGUUGAGUCUGUUUUCCUGCUUUGCCUUGGAACUGCCCUUCUUGGUCUUCUUGGAUUUUGGAUACGUGGCCAGAUAAAGAAUUUCUCAAAGAAAACAAAGAGGGCUCCCAAGGUGGAGGUCUCUGAUAAAAAAAUGAAUCUGAAAAUUGUUUGCACGUACGAGUCUGAUUUGCACGUGAAAGGACGUCUUAAAAUUUUUAGAUGGAGUGAUUCGAGAGUGAUUUCGUAA